CGUUUCAAAUCGAUGAUCGUUUUCACGAUGGACGGCGAACGUGCCGUGGACUUGAUGUUCGUGCGAAAUGACAAUGUUUCGUGCUGACAAUGUUACAUAUUUGAGGAUUUCUGUGCAUUAAUACAUAUAAUCGUGAUUCUCGGUCGCUUCGUGUGAGAAAUAGAGAAUAAAGAUUGUGUAAAACCAACGAAUUGUUGAUGGUGCUAGUGUGAAGUCUGUGCUGUGUACGACGAUAGUCUUCUCGUGUGCUAUCGUGCCGCUGUCAACGAGAGUCUAAAUAACUAGGCUCUAGGUUAAUUCUAUGGAAAAAUUUAACGAUUUGAAUAAAAAACACAAGCUAAAUUUUAUAUCUGAGGAGCAAGAAGAUCCAUUAUCUGUCUGAAGGAAACAGAGUGGCUCGAGGUACGCCCCUUUUACAGGUGCCAAUAACAUUUUUCCAACACCCAUAUCGAGAGAAUCGACUAGCGAAGAUAGCUCUCGCAAGAAACCUGAAUUGGAAGAGUUUCUGUUCUGAAAUUCGUCAAAGAAAUAUUUUUCAGUGUCUUUGGAUUCGCUAGCUGUACUUCAUUUUUCCACUGUUUCGCGCAAAAUCGAUAGGAGAAGCUCGCACAUUGUCCGCGGUCUGUGGAACGCGGGAGGAGUGUUGCCGACAAAAAUAGCAAGUGUCCUCGGUGGACACAGCAGACAGUGUCCUUAGCUGUUGCUGUUCGUCCUUUUAUUGUGAGCCGGCAUUAUUUCGUAGUGACUUUUUAACAACGCUACGUACGGCGCUGCUUGUCGACGGAACGUUACACACUUUCAAAACAUCGUGUCUUUUUUCGCAGACCCGUGUCCGGCACGAGCCAUAACAUACCCUGUGAUCAUUCAAAUUUCUCCGUUACGUGUGUGUGUUGUUGGAGAUUUUGAAUCAACGAUUUACACGCACGUCAAUGUGUCGAGCGAUCUAAACAGCAGACGCAAUGUCGUACCAACGUAAAUAAUUCAGUUUGGCGAAGCACGGUUGUCGGAACGCACACUCUAACCUUACUUGGAACAAAAUUCAGCGAUCUUCGUGCACCUAACCUUUGCGUUUUUCAUUUCUGCCAUUCGCAUUAUUUAAAAUAAGUUUACACGCGUUCCCGAUGAUACUUCAAUCAAAGAAAAACGUGAAUGUAUGAAGAACAGGAGGAUUCUUUCAAAGCAUCGUUUCGCCGGCUAUGACGAGAACAAGGACUUGUUUGCAUGGAUUGUCGCUGCAGCCGUUGCUGAUGCUGUGAUUUCGUUGAAUGUGGAGUGCGAUUUCGCGUCUCUUCGUCAAGGGCAAAACAGAGGAACCUGCCCCGAGGACGGAGGAUUGGACGUGUGACGACGUACCCGAUACGGUCGUCCAUGUUUUUGACGCAAUGGAUCGUAACGCGGGUGACGAUCGACGUAAGGGUCCUGCCGGCGAGCAACAGCACGGCGGAACCGAAUCUGAACACUUCUCUGACGCUUACGAUUCCCGUCAGGCCAAACAACGUGCCUCCGUAAAAUGGCUCCUGUCGAAGGCGUACAACAACCGAGUGCCAGAAAACCUUCGUGAGCCGUAUUAUGUUGACCACGAGGAUCAAGAACACCUGAAGCCGCAGAUCGUCCACGCACUUUCCAAUGCAGAGCUCUACUGUUUGGCAUUGGCAAAUAUCUAUUCAGAUCCAAAUUAUCAUAAUCAGAAUCAUUGCGGUAUUCUGCAAGCUCUUGCCAGAAAGGGUGUUUACCUUGCGGAGCCAAACAAUACUCAACUCACCGAAACGAUCCUCAUUCAAAAUUCACCACUCAAAAUGUCCGCGCAUAUGGCUGUGAUAGAGGGCCUGAUGGUCCUGUACGCGAAGGAAGUAGUGACAGGAGAUCGAGUGGUGUCGGCGAUUCGACGGUUCGAUCCCCAGGCCGAUGUGGACGUUCCAACGGACCACGAGAAGGGUCUUCUCCUUUGGAUAAGCCACGCGUCGCACGCGUUGAUCGCGAAAAUUCAAACGGAGGAGGGUGCCGGUGACAAAACCCGACUGCCAGAGUUGCCAGCUGCCAAGGACUUCCAAUCGUUGUGCGACGGUGUAGGCCUAGCCGCCGUCGUCGCCUUUUAUUGUCCCGGCGAAUUGAAUUGGAUGGAGAUCCGAGUGUCGAAGAGACCAUCGAUCGCGGACGCGUUGCACAAUUUAUCCUUGGUCCACGCGUUUUGUAACAGAUGUCUACCGUAUUCCAUUUUUCAUAUGCAACCCGAAGACGUGACGUAUAUGAGGGGGUCAAUGAAGCAAAACUUAGUCGUUUUCCUGGCGGACAUGUACAACGUUCUGGAGAUACAUCCCGCGAAAUGCGUUCGUUAUCCGGGCGAGGAGAGGGCGAUGCAGUUCUUAGAUGCCUGCCCGCGCAAUAGUCAUGGCGUAGCUCAUAAAAGAAGUCUACCACAGUCUAUAGCUCCGAUACCUGAUCUGAGAAGCAACCUCUCCGUAUCCGCGCCAGGCUUCACAGUUGCGAAAGCACCCUCGUCCUCCUCUGUCAAGAAGUCGCAAUCGUUGCAACAAACUGCCGAGAAUUAUUCUCACGAUGACAGACGAGCGGGAAGCGAAGAAAGUUUCGUAGUCCAUCGGGGUAAAGGCAUUCCUACGUUAAGCUCCGUAGCUGAUGAGAAAUCUGUAACUAGAGCAGACGCCGCUGGUCGGCCGAGCAACUGGGAAGAUCAGAGGAGAAGCUCUUAUGCUGGCCGUCGAUCCAGACGUAACAGCGUCUCGGAUGAUUCUCAGUUGACCAUCGAGAACUUUGGUGGAUCUCAGGAUAACUUACAUAACUUCGGUAGAAAUCCGGACAAAGAGGUCGGAGCUCACAUAGGAAAACGUAGCACCACAGAGCCCACGUUACCCGCAAGAUCCAGCGUUCAGGAUGUAUACGGUAGCGGUGUUCAGCACAUACUUUCUGAUAAUGGAUACGGGAACGAAGAACCAGCGAAACUGAGAAGGCAAACUUCCAACUCCAGCUUGGACAACGUCGCGCUCAAGCAGAUUUUACAUUCCAGUGAUAACGAUAAUUCGGAAGGAGACACGUCCAAGUUGGCGAGCUUCGCGAAUCUAAGUAGACAAAGCUCGGAUAAGGGGAUCAAUCUGACGUAUACGGAACAGGAACGCGAGGAUAUCACAUCAAAAUCGAAUCUUUCGAACAAAAAACACGGCCAAACGAACGGUAACGGGAAUGGGGAAAAGAAAACGACGUUUGCCACCUUACCAAACACAACGACAUGGCAACAGCAGAGUAAUCAACAGUCUCAGCAGGCGGAACAACACUCUGUUGAUGAAAACGGUGGUAACACGAUUAUGGCAUCGCAACUGAAUAACAUUAGAUUGAAGCUGGAGGAGAAACGGCGUCACAUAGAGAACGAGAAGAGGAGAAUGGAGGUUGUCAUGUCGAAACAACGUCAAAAAGUGGGGAAAGCUGCGUUCUUGCAAGCUGUCACCAAGCUGUACUUGGUGGGUAAGGUUAAAUCUCCUUCUUCGUCAACGUCUGGGGGGGACAGUCCGGCUGAAAUUGGUCCCCCCACUCCUGUAACCUCCGGAUCUUCGGGGGAUACCCCGACAAGUGUUUCCGAGACGACCCUCGUAACCCAACAACCCUCUCAAGAAAAACCACAGAGACCCUUCUCGCUCAAGGAAAUUAGCGAAGAUGUUCGGGAUGUUGAACACAAAUGGUUGGAACAUGAUGGUAGUGCACCAUUUAUUGAAACAAGACGUACUCCAGAUAUUGAGAAUAUGGAUCUUGAGCAAUAUCAUCAAUCAAUCUCACAAAUGAAUAACAGCCUUAGUGAAAUACAAGCUGAUAUACAACGUUUAGCAAAUCAACAGAACCAGAUACAACAGCAACAUUUAAUGACCCAACAUCAACAACAAAUGCAACAGCAGCUGCAACAGUUACAAAGUCUUAGUCAGCAACAUUUGCAGAGUUUUGGAAUAGCACCAAUAAAUCCAUUAACAUCUAAACUUCAAGAUUCUCAACAGCAAUCUCAGUUCUACUUACAUGAUCAACCACAGCUGCAAAGACGAAUGUGGGGUCAACCACCUCCUACUCAAAGUUUAGCAAAUGAAAUGGCUGCGGUUGGUUACCAGCAACCUAUGGAUCCACGAUACGGCACUCAACCAACAACUUAUCAACAAGAUAUGCGCUUAUAUCAAGAUACACGAAAUUGGGGAACCCAUCCACCUCAACAGAAAGGAUUUGUUUUGCACGAUACUCCUCAGGAACCAAGGUACCUUAACGGUGGGGAUCAUAGUCUUUGUAAUAAUCAAAUGAGUCACCCUGGUUCUACAUAUCCAUCAUCUGCAUCUAUCUUCAAUCAAACUCCACCAUCUUCUGCUAGUCCACAACAUCGUAAUGCUGUUCAUCGAAUAAGUCAGUUAAUGAGUGAAAGUCCUGAACCAAAAAGGCCAACUGUGCAUCAUAUACCAAUUAAGUGUGAAAGUCCUACAGAAAAGAGGCAAGUUACUGCGUUACAUGCCCCCGUUCCAGCUCCGCCCGUUGAUGACAUGAAACCUCAAAAUAUAUCAUUUAUCGGAAAUGAUGAUGAGCUUACACAAGGUAUAAGAGGUUUACACAUUACGUCUGGCAGCCGUACAUAUAGAAUUCCAUCACCAACUAGACCUUCGAUAUCACGUAAUUCAUUUCAACCUCACCCAUCAUUAAGAGAAGCCACACCAUCCCCAUCAGGUACGCCAGAGGUGACACCUCUCGAUCCAACGGAUGCUGGUGAAAAAGGAUUUUACAUUUGCUUCGAUAACGAUGCACCGAAAAAACCAAAACCAACUCUUAGAGUGAAAAGAACAUCACCUAAAAAGGAAAGAAGCGUAUCGUCUUAUGUUGAUAAUGAAGACUUUAUGGUACGUCCUGAAUCUCCAUCUGUGAGUGCUGUUGAUAGGCAACAGAAACAACUGGAAACUCAUCGAGAUUUCGAUCGGGAAAAGCAACGUCAAGCGGAUGAAAGGGAAUUUCAGCGACAAGAAAUGCGAGAUAGGGAAUUACAAAGAGAAGUGGAAAGAGAAAAACAAAGAGAACGACGUGAGACUAGUGCGGAAGGUCGACAAUCUGGAGUUGGCUUGAUAAUCGGAAAUCAACUUGCAAAUCCUGAUCCAAAUUCUUUGGAUGAAAUGGAGCGAAAGAAGGAACGUAUAAUGUUGCUGUCACUACAAAGAAGACAACAACAAGAAGAAAUGAAAGAGAGAAAAGAGGCAGAAGCUCAAGCGCGUCGAGAACAAGAGAAAUUAAAAGCAGAGGAGAGAGCUCGUAAAAAGGAAGAGGAAAGGCAACGAAGAGCGGCUAUUUUAGAACAGCAUAAAGUAAAGAAGGCGAUAGAAGAAGCGGAAAGAGAAGGAAAAGUAAUCGAUAAAGAGCUUCUAAAUGCAAUAAAACCAACAAAAUUGCGUAAUAAGACUGCUACAACCCGACCACGGCCCAAGACAAUUCAUGUGGAUGCUGGUGCGGAUUUGGAUUCUGGAGCUCUCACGCCUAGUCGAGGGAAAAAGGGUUCUUCUUCUAAUUUAAGUACAGCGUCGCUGACCUCCCCGACGAUGAGGCGAGACUACUACCGAGGUUCGCAGGACAGUCUCACUGCUGCCCAUUUCGAUGAACGACGUUCCGGCCCUCUUUAUCGGGGCGGCAGUCUCAGGGUAUCUUCCGUAGAUUCACCCGACGACGGUAGAGGUUCUUCCCCUUGCCGAAGUAUGAAUCAACUUGGUCGACGUGGUUCCUACAAAACGUCCAGAGAUGUGCAGGAGCCUCAGCAACAGGUUAGAGGCAGGCCUAAAUACCCGAGUUACCAAAACUUUAAGGGGAGAAAGUCUAAUUCCUUGAUGAAUUUGUGUGGUCCGAGUAGUGAUCAAGACGGUAUGAUGUGUCGAUACACAGAUACGGACAGCGGCCUGGGCAGAGCAACACCACCGAGAAGAGCACCGAGUCCUGGCAUGGGUAGCAUGAGGCAUCUUCCAUCACCAUCGGGUCCUGGCUCUCUACCUCCUGGUUUGAUGACUAAGAGACGAGUGUUUGAUGAUGGUAGCAGUGACAUCAGUAGCACGCCAAGUUCAAUGAUGGACUACAAUGGUCCAAGGCUGUACAAACAGCCAACGACUAAGUCGAAUCGUGGAAUAAUGUUGAACGCCGUGGAAUACUGUGUAUUUCCUGGUACGGUAAACAAAGAAGCGAAAAGAAGAGUUUUAGACGAGAUUGCAAGAUCGGAAAGCAAGCACUUCCUUAUUUUAUUUCGAGAUGCUGGCUGCCAAUUCCGGGCUCUUUAUUCGUACUGCCCUGAUAGAGAAGAAGUAUCUAAAUUGUACGGUACUGGACCGAAACAAGUUACUGAUAAAAUGUUCGACAAAUUUUUCAAAUACAAUUCGGGAGGAAAAUGCUUUUCACAAGUUCACACGAAGCAUCUGACCGUAACCAUAGAUGCCUUUACGAUACACAAUAGCCUUUGGCAGGGCAAGAAGGUGAAUUUGCCGAACAAGAAAGACAUGCCUCUCGUCAUAUAGUUUUACACAAGUGUCACACUUAACAUUAAUGCUACUAUACCCUCUGUUGUUCAUAGUUACUAUUUUAAUACAGGCCCAUAUUAAAUUAAUGCAAACGUUGCGUUCUUAGUCAAUUUUAUAAAAGGCAAAUGAUUGAUGCUGAUUCGUACAGAGACGAAUGUGCAAUCUUCAUUCGAGCGUUUGCGCGAUUGCACGCUAUACUUAAACGGCGUAUUGUUACCCUAAUUACAUCAUUUCUUUUUGUCAUUUGUUCUCUUUUUGUUUUUUUUGUUUUGUUUUAUUUCGUUUGUAAGUUAACAUUGGCAUCAAUCACUGUGUCGUAAGAUUUACCAAUUAUCUAUUAAUAGGAAUGGUUUGUUGUCAGUAUCUAAUACCUUUGCGGACUAACUUUCGACUUGUAAGCUGCUGUGUUGUAAAUGAAACAUGUGACUGAUGUUGAAAAGGUAUUAAUUUUUUUUUUCUUUUAAUAAUCGUUUUCUUCGCUAAGAGAGGCAGGGCUUUCAUAAAUGUCAUGUAAAACGAAUGUUUUGUCUUUGUAUUGCAUAAAGUAAUUCGCACAUGUUUCCUCGUUACGCGUUAAUUAAAAAUUCUUAAUUGUCAUUAUUCUUAUUCUUCAUAUUAUUAUAAUAGCACUUUUACAGAUUGCUAAACAUAAAUGGAGGAUCAUUAAUUUGAAUCUAUUUACUGACAAAAAUUUUCAAUGUAAUCUUUCUAUUUAGUAUUUAAAAAACCGGAACAAUAAGUGCUUUUUUUGUACAAUAUUGAGCACGGUAGGUCUCCCUAGAGAAGGUCAGAAACCCGACAACCCGUGGGGCCUAUGGGGAAUGGGAGGCAUCGUCAUUUUCUUUGGGGAAUCCUGCCAUGUUCGGUACUGUACAAAAGCUGAGUUUUUAUUAUUAUGAGUUUAAUGUGAAAAUGGUUUUUAUCAAAUGAUUUAGACCUUUAACUGGGCCAGGUUUUAAAUUUUCAUUCUCUCGUGUCUAAUAAAACAAAAAUUAAUAAUAUCGUAUAUUUUUCUUCGAAUUAAAGUAUAAUAAUAUUGUUUAAAUACAUAGUCUUUCAGUGUUUUGUCCAAAAUUUCUUCGUUCGUUAUGUCUUUACAAAAUUUCUUUCUUUUGCAUGCACCUUUGUCAUCUUUUAAACCGAAUUAAUGAUUCCUCAUUAAGUAUUGAGAUUUGCAGCUGUUGACGGUUGCAGCAACGUUCGUAGGUGUAAUUCAUUCUUUAACCAGAAGCGUGUAAGAACCAGCUCACGGACUAAAAAGUAAAAAUUGUGGAUUUGUAAAUAAAUAAGUUGAUUCUGAUUAGUGAAAGAGAAUACCAAAUCAGCCUUAAGAUCGAUCUGAAUGCAAUCGAUGAUGUGCAAGGAUUUCCUUUACGGUGUAGGUAACACACUAUAAUUUAUAUAAUGUCGCAUUGAUUUUUAAAUUCUAAAGCGAAUUUUGUGAAGUGUGUUAGGUAUAUAGUGUCCUAGUAAAAGUAAGAAAAAUACUGUUGUACAAACAUUGGCUCAAUUAUGUUUCAUUAAAAAGUUAUAAUGAAAAUAUGGAAUGACAAGGGACUUGUUCUUCAUAAAUAAAGUUCUACCCCAUUACAAUUUCUUAACAAAACAUAAGCUUAUGUUUAUGCAACAUUCUUUUUCUUAUUUCUAUUUGUAAAACAUAUUGGGACACAGGGGAGAGUAUGAAAACCUGUACCAAAAGUAAAUUCGUUCUCUAAGAAGAAUUUUGGUAAUUGAUAAGUGUUAUUCAUGUGUGAAAAAUGGCUAAAGAAACUGAGAUUUUCGAUCGUGUGCUCUCUUAUUUCUUCUAUUAUACUUUCUUACGCGCAAUGUAUACUUAUUUUGUAUGAUCUAUCAGAUAGUAUGAACUCCAGAAUUUUGUAAGAGGAAGGCAGAGAAUGGCAAAAAGUACCCAUAACAACAAACUCGAUGCGUGCACAGAUUUUGAAAGAAAUUUCAUAUUUAUUUGAAUUUCCUAGGCCUAAACGAUUUUUAAUACAACAGCCCAUAGUCUGCGUUUCUCGUGAACGAGUUAACAAUUUAUUUAUAAACAUCGUAGCGUAUGGAAAAUUUUAACGAAGCGGAUUAAAGUUUAAAUCGUUCGUGAGUUGAUUGAUCGUCCCUUUUUACGAGUUUUAUCGACAUUAUACAGGGUGUUUCAAAGAAAAUACUUAAAAUUUUUCAACUUUGAUUCGAUUACAUUUAAAAUAGCCAAUGAAGCUAACUUUCAAUCUAAAUUUUUUAUUCUGUUUUUUUCUUAUUUAGAAACGCUCUGUAUGUAUCCUUUGUUCUCCAGCUGGCAAUUGUUCUCUUUAUUUAGUAUGGUUUGUGUCAUUUCCUAAUGGAACGUGUCAGUCCAAUUUCCAGCGAAACGUAACACGCGCCUCUCGUAUUGUACAUGAUGACUAAUUAGCAUAAUAAUGUUAACGGGAAGAACUAUUUAUUGUGCCAUAAAUUACAAUGUCCGCCUUUCGUGUGGGACUGGCACUGACCCUUCCACUUCGACGAUUCAAUUUUUCUUUCUUUUUCUGUUUCUUUUUUUUAACGCGUAUUACAGCAAUUCGUUUAUCGUAAUAUACCGAUAGAAGGAAUGAAUAGAAAAUAGAUAGAGAUAUAAAAUACGAUUUUGUACAGAAUUAUGGAGGGUCUAUAUUCAAUUAAAGAAUUUUCCUUUCGUUUUUGCUUAAGUUAUAUUUAAUGUAUCUAUUAUAGAAUUUAUUAACCUUUUGUGGUUAAUUUAAUUUAAUUUAAUGCGCUCUGACUACUGCCGCAAAUACUUUAGGAUGCAAAGUAAUAGAAAUUUAAGAAACUUACCUUAGAAUUUUCCUUUCUGGGGCUUUCAAAGUUUACUGAUACUUCAGGCAAUAAAAUUUAAGUAUAGGAAGCACAUUUCUACCACAAAGGGUUAAUUUUACAUUAAUUAGGUAUUUGUACAUGUUCCAAGAAUUUUUGAAAAUACCGGGAAAUCAGUUAUUUACAAUAAGACCCCCUGUAUUCUAUGAUGGCAUACCACAACUGGACCGUAUUAUUAUUAAUUAUUAAGUAAUUACGCAACAUAUCGAAAUUCAUGUUCAUAAUGAUUAAUCGCGAACGAAAAUAUAUUUUUAAUUCGCAACGAUACACUUGGUUCGAUUGUCCCAAGAUUUAUUUUGAAAGUCUCCGGUAAAGAAGAGACUUAAAAAAGAAAAUUAUUAGAAUGAAAAAUCCGUCGAUUGUAGUAUCCAAAGAAAUUCAUUAUUCUAUUCUCGUCUAAUUGUAAAUCUAUUUGCGUACUGUCGUAAAAAAAUGAUGAAUAGAGAUGAAAAAAAAAAAAUAAAUAAAUAAAACGUUUGCGAGCUUCAGACUCCGAAGAUAGUCCGACUUGACAAUAUUGAACACGAAGUAAAAGUAAAUUAAACGCCAUAAGUUGAAGUUGUAAAGAAUGGAAGCGCAAGUCGUAGACAAAGUCUACGAUGACAACUAUAAACGAACGAUGAAGAUUAUGAUAAACGAUAUUUAUAUAGUAGUCACUAAUCUUAAGAAUCAACAAGAGGAUCGGCUUGCGGAUGAAAGGGAUUGAAAUAUUCUAAGAAAGUUACGAAUAAUAGUAAGAGAAGUUUCAGAGAGAAGGAUACGUAAGAAUUGUAGCUGAAAGGAUGAAGUAAUUGGCGCUUGUGCUUGAUAUUUAUAUUUUUCGAAGCAGAGAAAUAUUAUUAGUGAGCUGUUGGUAACCGGCGCGAUAAAACGAAAAAUUGAAACACGGAGAUUAAAAAAAAAAACACGAAUAC